GUUUUUUCAUGCAUACAUACAUUAUACAUACAUGCACACACUUACAUAAAAUGUUGUAUUUAUUGCAUUUGCCAGCUUGAAACUCGCUGAUCGUCCUUUUUUUCUUCUCACAAUCUCAAUAAAUCCUCACUUUCGAUUUCCCUAGAUAAGAUCAAACUGGCAUUUAUAGCUCUCUGUUUCUUUUCUGCUCUUACAUGAUUCACUUAGCAGCUCUUGUCACUCAUUCACCUCGUCACACACUCUACUACUAGCUAGCUUAGUAUUAUUAUUCACCCUUCAAAACAAGCCUGCUGUGAGUUUCUGUAAAAUCUUUGCUUUUCUUGAUUCUCUUUUUUCAUGGUAAAAGUGAUAUUAUAGCUUCUUGUGGUGAAUUUUUGCUAGUAGUUGUUUAGUGUUAUUAAAGUGGAAAAAGAAAACAGAAAAAAGAGAUGGGUAGGACACCCUGUUGCGAUAAGAAGGGAUUGAAAAAAGGGCCAUGGACACCUGAAGAAGAUGAAGUUCUUGUGAGUUAUAUCAAGAAAAAUGGCCAUGGAAGCUGGCGUUCUCUCCCUAAACUAGCAGGCCUUCUUCGCUGUGGAAAAAGUUGCAGGCUUAGAUGGACCAACUAUCUUAGGCCAGACAUAAAAAGGGGUCCAUUUACUCUCGAGGAAGAGAAACUUGUCAUUCAACUUCACGGUAUUCUUGGAAACAGGUGGGCUGCCAUUGCCUCUCAACUACCAGGUAGGACUGACAAUGAGAUAAAGAACUUGUGGAACACUCACCUAAAGAAGCGUCUUCUUUGCAUGGGACUUGACCCUCAAACCCAUGAGCCCUUUACUUCUUGUGGACCAUCCAUAACAGCACCUGCAUCGCCUGCUACGCGCCAUAUGGCGCAAUGGGAGAGUGCUAGGCUUGAAGCUGAGGCUAGGCUUUCGAGGGAAUCCUCACUCUUCAAUCCACCUACUCCGAAGAAAACUGAUUGUGAUUAUUUCCUGCGAAUAUGGAACUCUGAAGUUGGAGAAUCCUUUCGAAAGUUCCAUCGCGGAGACAAAGCUAGUUGCCAAAGUCCUGCUUCAGCUUCUCAGGCAUCCUCGUCUACUAAAUAUGGGUCAGUUUCAGCUCUCACUACUGUUGAUAUUAGCCCAAAUAUAGCAGGUUCCUCUACUCCACCUAGCGAUCAAAUUGAAGAUACGGAAUGUAAAAGCUGCAAAUCUUACGUAGAAGAUAUGAAUGCUGGGUCUGAUUCGUCAAGCUCCAUUGAGUUGGAGGAUUCAUCAGACUCAACAUUACAACUUCUGUUGGAUUUCCCCAUUAACAAUGACAUGAGCUUCUUGGAAGGAAAUAGCUACUUCAGCGAUGGAUUUGUGAAAAUGUAGUUUAAAGCCUAAUUUGCUUAAAUUUUGGGCUACUCUUUUGAGUAACUACAAGCUGUUAGGUUAUUUUAAAAUCUAGCAAAACCUUAUGAAGUUCAGUCGAUGGUUAUCGUUGUUAGAUUUCUUUCUUUUUUAAGAGGGCGGUGAUUUCAACAUUUCCUAGUUUUAAGUAUUGGAAAGCCCUGCUACUUAUAAAUAGGAGGUAUAUAUAUUCUUUGUAAUUUUGUCAGAUUCAGUUCCGUAAGAUCUACUGGAAUAGAGUUCGUCUCUGCUGCAUGAUGGUAGCUCGUUAAUUCACAACGAUUUUCUGAUUUUCCC